GUUUUAUUUCAACAAAACACAAACAUUUGGUCCGACAUUACGAGUCUAGCAAUACGCCCCCAACCUCCAAUCCUCCUCCGGCGAACGGUGGCCAUCAGCAGUAUAUCCGACGGUACAUCUAACGCUUCAUACGGCGUUUCAAACAGAUUUUGUAUUGCUACAAAUUACAUAUACUCGCUGUUAAUCUGGAAACGACCUCAAUGCGGAAUUUAUAUCCGGAAAAAUAGACUAUUUUGAGUAAGAAAAGAGGGAAAAUUACAGUAGAUAUUGAUUUGAAUCAAGAGGAUGGGGUCUGGUGAAGCUUUAAAAGUUGCAAAGGUUUAUAGAGAGCUAAUGAAAGCAGUGAAGAAACACAUUGGGAAGGAAGAACACAAAACCCAUUUCAGAGACUUCAUAAAGUCGGAAUUCAAGAAAAACGGAGAUGGGUUAGAGACAUCAUUCAUCCAGCAAAAAAUCAAACUUGCCCAUGAUUAUACUUUCCUUAUAAACAGUGUCCAUCAUCACCAGGAGUUGCUAUUUUCAUACAACAUUGCUGUUGAUAGAACAGAUGAAAUGAAGAGAAUACUUGGAAAAUCUGCUGCAAGUGUGGGUCUUCAGCUUCCUGAUGUUUAUCAACCUUGAAAUUUGGAAAGCAUGAAUGAUAAUUGAUAAAGCUCAUAAAUUUACUUCAUGAAUAAAUUUGGGUUUUUAAUUGGCAAGAUUAUAGACUAAAUUGGCUCGUUUUCUUUCUGAAUCUGGUUUAAGAGUUUGAGAUGUCUUGGACACUUUACAGUUUUGGCCUUCGUUGUCUGUUUCUAAUUUGCUGGAAAUUUUCUAAAAUGGUCAUUUUGUGUUGGGAAAUUGAUUACUUGGGACUUUACAUAUUAAUGUUUAAAAAAGCAUUACAUUUUUUUUCUUUA